UAAUCUCAUUUGUUCGAAUUAUACUUCUUUGAUUGUGUUCUCAAUUGUUGCUUCUUUUUAAUGUUUUAUUAGUAUUUAAAUUUAAAUUGUUGUGCAAUCAAUUCAUUGGGAUCUUUUAAAAAUAUGAAAAUAAUCUCUCGCCUGUGAGCAUACCUAGACGUCAAUGAAUGUCUACAGACAAUUUAGAAAGCACCUACCUACAGCUAGCUGCUCUUCUAUUAAAAACUUGAAUUUGUUCAAUCAUAAAUAAAUAAGAGAUUCUGCUAAACAUACAAUUUUUAAUUGUCUUUCUGUGAAUUUGUAUGCAUGGAAGCAAAUAUUACAAAAUGAAAAAAAUAUUUUCAAAAAAAAAUCACUGACAAAGAACGCAGAUAGCGAAGAGAAGAAAAAUAAUAUAUUUUUUUUGAAUAAAGGAACUCUGAAGAAGAAAGGGAUCAAGUGCAAUUACAAAAAAAAUUUAAAUUUCUUCAAAAUGAAAAUUGUUUCGUUUUAUUGAAAUGUAUCGAAACAACUUCCCACUCAUUUGAGCUGAAUAAUUAAUUCUAAAAGUUCAAAACAGAAUCAUUUUCUUUUGUUUUCUUUUAAAAAAGUACAAAUAAAUAUAAGGAAAAAUUGAUAUGAAUUUAAGAAAACAUUUACUAUAAAAAUUCAUUUAAAGAAAACACUUAAUCAGAAAUGAUGUGGGGUGAGCACUUAAGCAGACGACACUGGGAAUUUCAGAAAACCACAAAUGACAACAAUUAUUGUUAUUUGAACACUAAUCCACAUUGCGUAAAGGAAAAUAAUGCUUAUGUUCACAACUUGCCUCCCUACAAUGAUCGUUUGGCAGUUAAUAUACUCGAAGUUGAUAAUAAAAAACAUGAUUAUGUAAAAAAUGAAUACAAAACUGAAAAUAAAAUCUUGAACCAUAAUUCAGGGAUAAAUUCGUCGCUUGACGUGUCGAAACCAGUAUCCACAUCUCCGUGCAAUAAUCUUUAUGUAAGUCCACCAUUCUUCACUGUUGAUAAGUUUGUCAAUAUGGAACAGACAUCGAGUCAUCGAGGAGACAACAGACAAAUAGUCCAACCACACAGAAAUCACACACACCACAAUCAAAAAGAAAUAUCAAAUAUUAGUUUAGAGUAUAAAAUUCCAGAAAACCGAGAAAGUUUUUUAAUAAAUAACAAAAAUCUUAUUGGUAUCAAAGUUAUCGAUAACUCCCACAUUCCGUUAAUGCAUUUUGAGACUUCUGAUAGACCGGUUAUGUUAAAUGUACCCAAGCAAUAUGAACAGCAACCCGUCAUCACAGAGAUAUGCAAUUAUGAAAAUGACAUGGUUUCCUAUGGCAGUGAGUCAUAUCAAAAAAGAAGAAAGCCUUAUUCGAGUAUGAACUACGUACAAGACCCAAGCCCAAAAAACGAUUUCGUACGUAACCAAUUGCUGUCAAUACAUCAAUAUAACGGCGACAGUAUAAUCAAAGUGGAGAGUAAAAACAUUUAUAGAAUGUCUGACUUGGGGGCCACAAUUGAAAGUAGUCCCCAUCGCGCUGGACCAAGUGAAUUUCAAUGCAUGGAAUUCCAAAAGAACUCAUUACAAAAUGGCUAUGGGAAUGGGAAGUCAUGUAUAGCUCCUCCGAAACAAAUUUCGAAUGAAAAAAAGAAACCUAACUAUCGUGAAUUAAUUAACAACGCAAAUGCUUUGAGAAGUUCAAUAUCGGAAAAUGACUUAAAUAUGCAAAUAAUCAAAAGAACGUUGAAUUAUAAAAAACUGCCAACUUGUAACUUCCCAUCUAGAAAUAUUGCAAUUCAGUCGUCGAAAAGAAACAAUGAUAAUAUUUGUCAGAAAAUUGAAAAAUCUAAUAUGUAUGAGAAAGGACACGUAAACCAUCAUUUGUUCAUUCAAUAUCCGAAUGAUGAGGGUUCAGCUUGUAAAAGACCUAAUAUUGCGUCCCCUUUAGAUUUAUCAAUCAAAACCAUAAAAACCGAACCCGAUAUUGAUAAAAAAAGAGUAUACGAAGGUGGUGUGAUCACUGAACAAGGAUGCCCUCCAAAAUAUAACUUUGAACCAAACUUUUUGGAAAAACAGGACUUCAUGAGCAAUAAUAUGCAUUCAAGUAGAUUGCAAUCAAAUCCCAAUUCGGUGAUACGAUUUAAUUCUAAUUCAAGAAGGCCGCCCCCAAUGGAUUGUAAGUUAGAACAAAAUGUAUUUAUACAAGGCCCUAAUCCUGUAGUGAGUGCAAACGUUAAUAAUAAUCACUUAGUUGACAAAUUAAGUGACAGUGAACUGGACAUUAACCGAAAAAGGCCCUAUCCGGUUCAGCAUUUUGAUGACAGCAAGUAUUUAAUUAAAAAGAAAUGUUUAAAAAGUUCCUUCUGUGCAAGCUUAAUUGCUGAUCCUCUUAAAUUUGAAGCCGAGUAUAGUAAUCAAACUAGCGUGAUCAAAAAUGUGCAAUUAAAAUCAUCGAAUGGUAACGAUAUAAGUUCUGUGUUUGACCAUACCAUUAUCAAACCUGAACCUGAGCCAGAACUAGAACUAGAAUCAGAGUUGAAACCUGAAAUUAAACCUGAUCUAAAGCCUGCACUAAAUUGUGAAUUUAAACCUGAACUAGAAUCUGUAGAAGAGCAUGAACCAAUACUCGAACUCCAACCCCAAAUCCAAAUCCAACCCGAACCCGAAUCAGUAAAUCUAAUGGAAUUGAAACAGGAUAUUUCUACAGCUUCUUUUGCAUCAAGAAUACGUACAAAAGCUGAGUUAAAAGGUUUCGUUUUUCAAGAUGAAGGUACCGAUGUGCAAUCUAAAAAUGUAGAGUUAAAAACUAGUUUAGAUUUAUGUGCUUGGAAUACAACAUGUGAUAAGUUUUUAAACCAACUGGAUCAAUGCUUUGAGAAAACUCCCCCUAAACUCGUAUCUUCAAAAGUAUUGCAGCAGCCUUCAAUGCCAAAUGUUCAAAGCGAUUCUGAAAACGAAUCGUUAUGUAGUUCAAAUAGAAGCCCUAAAAGAUCAAUAAAACGAGUUAAAACAGACAAACCAAAACUGCCAGUCGAACAAGUGAAAAAUGGAGACACCGAUCCAAUCGAAAGUGUUAACAACUCUCCGCAUACUCAAUUAAUGGGUAACUGUAGCAAUUCUGUGAAUACCGAAACAACAAGUAGUGUAUCUGAUCCUUUGAGUUCUCAAACAAUGGUUGCUGUUACCGAUCCUGUAGAAACCGAAGUGAUAGAUAACGUGGUCAAUUCUGUGAUGCCUGAACAAAGAAAUAGCGAAACAGAUUCAGUAAAUACUUCGACCAUCAAAUGCGACUUGGAAGAAAGAUGUACGCCUGUGGUAGAAAAUGUUUCGGAAAACGUAAACAAAGAUUCGUCUCCUGACAAUCAAACUAGUUCACCCGAUUGCUCACCAACAAAUAAUCUAAAAACUCCAAUUAAGAAAGCAACACGACUCUUUGAUCUUACUAAAGUAUCGGUUGUGCGUUUGAAAAGAGAAAAAUAUGUGUCCAGAAUUCUCAAGCUGAGUGAUGAGGCAACGGAACAGCCUUGCGAUCUUGAAGAAGAUAGUCGCAGCCCUGAAAAUAGAAAGAUAGAUAGUACAACAAAAUGUAAGUCUCCUGACUUACAAUUGCCCGUGUCGACAAGUGAAACACAGCCAGCAUUGAGAAGUACAGUUAAUAGGUAUUCAUUUUCUCGAGGAAGACCGCCAAAAGGUGAAAAGGCUUCAAAAACUAACUCCCAAAAUUCGAAUACUAUUAAAACGCGUUUGAGAACCCAAGCACUUCAAAGCCAAAAGGAUUCAGUGUUCAAAAACAACAAAUCAAAACGUCGCUUUGAAAAUAAAUCUGAAAGUGAACUGCCGAGCAACACUGAAAAGAUCUUUUUGGAGGUAUACAGAUAUAAACGAGCACUCAAAAUUCCACCAAAUCUCAUUACAAUUAAAAGCAAAUGCGUACAGAAAAUUUCCAAAUGCAUAGACGAUUCGGAUAUGGAUCAAAAAGUAACAACAACAACCAGCAAAAACGGAGAGUCCACCAAUAGUUCAGAAUGUAAUAAUAAGGAUAAUGUACCUAAAUCAAUUAUUGAUGUUCUUCACUCCAGAGUUGUGAAAGCGAAACACCACCAUCAACACAAUAAGUUUACUCAAAAAUAUAUGAAAAAUGAGCGGCAACACGUAUCUAAUUUUAAGUCGAAAAUACAACAAUUCAAUUUUCCGAAGUCAAAUAGCGAUCGACAUCAACCAAUUUUGAAUGAGAAUAAUAAUAAUUGCCUCCAGGAGAAGCGAAAUGUUUUCGAAACUAAAGUUAUACCGUCCCGAACAAGAAGGGAGCAUAAAAUGCAACUCAGUAAGGAAACCAUUCGGGAAGUGUUUAGAGGGGACGAACGACCGUCAUCGGCACCUCCGCACAUAAAUAAUCUUGAAGAUAUUUACGACAGAUCUUACAAUGAUCAGUGCAUUAAAUAUUUCCAAAAACUGAGUCAAUGUGCGGCCGAAUUUGAUUUACAAAAAAAAGAUGAAUGCAAAAAUAGUGAAAAGCAGGAGGAGGAUGCAAACAAAUUUACGUGUAGCAAUAAAAUUAAGGAACCUGAAAAGGUAAAAGAUGAUAAUCAAUGCAAUAAUAAUUUAAAUAAAUCGAAUAGGAAAAGAAAGAGAAGAAUAUACAAGCGUAGAAUAAGCUCGGGUUUUGAUUAUUUGAGAAAAAAGAAGAGGGCUAAUACAUGUGCCUUACGGAAUUACUCGCGUUUCAAAAGAAGAAAGAGUACGACUGAAGAAAACUUUUCAUUUAGAAGUGAAUCUGAUAUUUUGAAGGAAAUUCAAAAAUGGGUAUUGAAUAAGGGCGUGGGACAAAGUGCCUUACACAAAGCAGCUACACUCGGAUAUAUAGACGUGAUUGUCUAUUGUCUGGAAAGAAUGGGCCUACAUCCUGAUCACAAGGACAAUGCCGGAUAUACUCCUCUUCAUGAUGCAUGCGUUAAUGGCAACUUAGAUAUUGCUAGGGUCUUAUUACAGUAUGGGGCUAAUCAUUCUGAAAGUGCUCAUUCGGGUAUCAGGCCGAUACAUGAGGCGAGUGAAAAUGGACAUAUUGAAAUUGUGCGAAUGUUAUUGUCCUAUGGAGCCGACCCACUAUUAGAAACUUACUCAGGACAAACUCCUCUAAUGUUGGCUUCGGAUCCUAAAGUUAGCAGUUUAAUUUCAACACAUUUGAAGGAUAUUCAAGUUAGCGAAGAGAAAAGAAAGACUUGGAGUUUUCAAGGUCCCUGGAAUGGAAAUGAUGAAAACGAAAAUGGUUGCAAUGUCUUUAGCGAUAUAUCCUCAUUAGACAUUUCGGAAGGAAGCCUACAAAAGAGGCACAACUUUCGGAGAGAUUUUCGUUAUUUUCAAAAUAAUGAAUGGAAAAGAGACGGAAAAGAACUACUUUCAAUAUGCAACCAAAAUCCGAGUAUAAAAAAUAUAUUUUGUGAUUUUGAGUUCUUAUAUGAUGCUGCUAAUGCUGAAGGAGAACUUUUCGAGUUUGAAGAAGCUGAUUCGCCUUUACCUCCGCUCUAUUUACUUAAAGAUGAAGGAAUGGAAAAAUGGGUCCUAUUGAGUGAUUUGUGUAGCUUGCUUAAAGUGAAAUCGAAAGAUACAUUGUUACAUAAGAUCUUCCCGUCCGUAUCACCAUCUCUUGUAAGCCGAACUUUCCUGAGAGAAUUGAAGAUGUGUGAGUUUUUAGAAAGAGCGACAUGUCUUCAGCUUUUAUGUGCCGGCGAGAAAAUUAAUAUUUGUCACUCAAAGGUCGUCCUCAUUAGAUACAACGAAAAUGUCCGCAACCUAUUGGGAGUAAAGACUAUAAUAAUGAAGUUAUAAAUAUUUUAAAGAAAAAAAAGAAGAAAAAAAAAACAUGAAAAAGGUGCUUUAGGUAUAAUGUAAGCUAUUUUAUUUUAAAUAAAAGAAAAAAUAUUUGUGUUUUUAAGUCAUUAAAUUAUGUUUAUUAACUAAGA